CGGAAAAGCAAUCUGACCCAGCCUUCAGGUGGCGGGGGCUGUGCAAAAUGGAAGGACGUCUAGAGCACCCCAUUAUGUGAUUGUUCUUAGCAUUCUAGUCUUCACGGCUCGAAAGCAACCCUAGGUGUUGAGGCCAGUUUUCUUGACCAUGUCAAAACAACAGAAUGACCGAUAUUGCUACGGUCCACUCCCGCAAGGUCAGUAUAUCCGAGUUCUGACGCUAGAGCCUGGCGAUCAAGACGCAUACUUGUCCGGAGAGCUUCAAGUCGUUCAUAUCCAGCAGAUCAGGCAAUACGAGGCAGUUUCCUAUGCAUGGGGAGAGCCCGAUCGCUGCUUUCAAUUCGGCUCAUCCGGCGGUAUUAUCGAGUUGACAGCAAGCUUGGACGGAGCGUUGCGACGCAUCAGACACAGGGACCAGCCUCGCCGACUAUGGGUAGACCAGCUGUGUAUCAAUCAGGAUGAUAAGGAGGAAAGAAGCGCGCAAGUCCAGUAUAUGAACGCCAUCUAUAAGAAUGCGGCGCGGGUUCUAGUAUGGCUGGGCAAUGAUCCUCAGCGCGAAGCGAAAGAUUCGUUUGAUAUGAUCCACGACCUCGAUCGAAUUUUCAGGGAUCCGAAACAGAGGCAAGGGUUCGGCAUUAAGUAUACUGAGAAGCUGCAUGAGCAGUCUUCUGAAGUCUGGGCUCCUUUGGAGCAUCUGACCAUCAGGCCUUGGUUCACUCGCGGUUGGAUAGUCCAAGAGAUUGGGACCAAAGCCCCUGCGACACUGUACUGGGGAGGAGAGCAGUGCGACUGGGAGCUCAUCAGCGGCGUUGUCCGAGAGCUUGCCAAUUUCCAUCAUCUGCGAGGACGCUUCGACUUGAAAACCUCAGCGAUAAAGUACACCUACCAACGCUUUAUUGAGCCGCCAAAACCGAGCCGACAUGUGAACCGCUUCAGUCUCAUGUAUGAGUUGCAAAGGGCACGCCACUGCGAGUUGAGCGACCCCCGUGACCGUGUCUUCAUGUUCCUGGGCCAUUACUCCGUGCGUUCUGGCAAUCAACUACUUUCCGAGAUGCAAGCAGAUUACUCGAAAACCGUCGAUGAAGUAUACAUAGAUGUCGCUAAGAGAGCAUUGCUUGGAGAUCCAGAAAAGAGCCUGGUAACGCUUGCCACGGUUCAGCACCCCAGUCUACCUUCAAACCGGGGCGAGGCAAUCGAGAAUGGCUUGCCAUCGUGGGUGCCCGAUUGGAGAACGUCUGAGGGUCACCUCAUGUCUGAACCUGUAAGUCCACAUUGUGCACACGGCGAAAGAACCUACCAGACCCAGAUCGAUGGCAAUAUCCUCUCAGUGCGCGGCAUCAAGGUCGAUAUCCUGGAGGCGUGCUCUGGUAUCCUGAGAUGGAAGGAGUUCCACUACGAUCCAACGCGCAAGGAUUUGGCGAUCGAGUCUCUGUGGAUUGAUGUGUGCGGACAGAAGAGCUUCAGCAUCGAACCCCGGUAUAUGGGCGACCCCAACAAUGAGCCGGCGCUCUCCGCAUACUUGCAGACUUUGAGUGUCGGUGGGAUUGCCACCGCAUUGCGAGAAGGUCGGCUUUAUCAAAACAUCGACCAGAAGGAGCUGUUUGCACAAGGGCUAGCAUAUUUAACAAGAGCCUUGGGGACAUCCGAUCUCAUGGCGGAAGAGAUUCACGAGCUAGCGGCAGAGGGCGACUAUCACAACUGGACCCGUAAUGCGGAUUGCGCUGCAAGUAAUCGUGCGUUCGCUCGAACGAAGAAUGGUCGGUAUGUGCUAGGUCCGAAGGUAAUAGAGCCCGGAGACGUCUUGUGUGUACUGUAUGGUGGGAAGAUGCCCUUCGUGUUGCGACCUUGGAUCGAUGGCGGCUUCCUGCUUGUUGGUGAAUGCUACGCACAUGGCUUGAUGCAGGGCAUGGCUAUCGCCAUGAUGGAACGUGGCGAGUUAUGCGAGGAGACGUUUCGCAUACAUUAGUACUUUGUUCGAUACCAAAAGGAGGAAGUCGUUGGAAUGGCCUCCGUAGCAGAAAUGGACCUCCUCAUCCGCAUGGUACGAACGGUCUGCCGUGAAGACGUAUCUUGGUGGCGAAAAUGACGCUUCGCAACCCACGUCCGCAUGGUUAAACAGAUCAGCUACUGGCAGCAAAGCUAAUCUGUCAUCAUCGGGAAUUCUCUCCAGUUUUGGUGUUGUAUAAUAGAAUGACCUCGUAUUGACAAGCAACCAGGCGUGCAAGUACUGCUCUUGACUG